GGAGAGGGGCGGGGCCUGGGGCAGCUCCCAGAGCAGGAAGCGGGCGUUCGGCAUUCUGAGGUUACACUUCCUGCUUCAAAGCGCAGAGAGCAGCCCGCUGUGUAGAAGGCCGGCCCACUGGAAGUGAAUCAAGGAACCAGGAGGGGAGGAAUCAAAGACAGGUAUUUAUACAAAUGAGACAUUGUCCCUAAAUGUAACUUGUGACAAGGGAACAUUUACAUGUAGAGUUCGUCCUGUGUGUUUCUUCAGGGUUUCCUAUAUUAGGUUUAUAUUUCCUUUAGUUAAGUCACUCUAGUGCCGCGAGCCACACAGCACGUGGACGUGUUUGCCACAUAUUCAUGUCAGUGUUGAACAGCCAUGCAUGGAAAUAUAAUUAUGAAUUAUGUAAUAUAAAACUUUUUUUUUUACUUGCACACUUAUUCGUGGGGGGGUUAUGCCACUCUGUUAUAAUGGCAGGGGAAACACUGCUGUAUAUGCUUCCUUUUCAGCAAUGUUAUAUAUUAUAUAUAUAUAUAUAUAUAUAUAUAUAUAUAUAUGAAAACAUUGCUUAAACUUCCAUUGUUAUGCACACAAUACUCAAUUGGCUCAAGCCAGAAGAGACCGACCAGCUUGUAAAGAAUGUCUUGGAGACAUCAAAACUUGGAUGACCUGGAACUUCCUGAUGCUACUCAGACAAGACAGAAGUCAUCUGUUAGAGCGCCUUCGAAGUCAGCUGUCUGGUGAUAGUUUCUCUGGAUGGAGUUGCUCUGGUAUCCAGCAGCAUCGUGAAGAAUGUUGGACUUCUCUUGGACCAGGAUAUGUCCUUCAACUCUCAUAUAAAGAAGACUUCAAGGACUGCCUUUUAUUAAUCUACAUAAUCUAUCGGGUUAGCCUGGACCAGCCCUUAAUGUAGCUGCUAUAGGCCUAGACUGCCGGGGGACACCGAGCUCCUCUCGAUCUUUCUCUCUCCAUCUAUAAUAAUUACCAUCUCGUUAAUUCAAAUCACUAAUUCAGCUUCUUCCCCAGAGUUUUUUUUAUACUUUCUCGCCUCGCAGGUUUCCGUAGAUCGUGGUUCCGUCUGGACCCUGUUCCUGACUGCUGACACCCAACGGAGUACUUGUGCUUUGUUGCCUUGCAGGUUUCCGUUACUACUCACAAUACUCAUUUCUGUUAUAGGAAUUGAAUGUAUUGUACAUCUUUUACAUUGUUCAUUCUGUACACAUGACAUCCAUUAUAGAUCCUCCUCUGACGUUCUCACUAAGGUUCCUUUUUUUGUGGGGGGGGGUUGUUUCCUGUGCCGACGUGAGGGUUCUGGUAUGGAGGAUGUUGCCUGUGUACAGACUGUGAAGCCCUCUGAGGCAAAUUUGUCAGUUACAUUUUUAAGCUAUACAAAAUAAAAUGAAUUAAGUGGAAUUUUUUGGCUCUAAAUGAACUUGAACUCUCCUUCACAGUGUGUCAACACUACGGACUGAACUGGACUAGGACUAACAGACUAGCUACUCCUAAGAGAAGGGGUCUGUUCAGACCCGCUGGACCUCGUUUCAGUUGAUAAAGUUUGGAAUAAGGAUUCCGACCGUGUUGAUCAGGACUACGGUGGUGGAACUGAGACUUUAAAAUGAUCCACUUGAUCAACGUUAAAUCUUUGACCGCGGUCCUGGUGAUCUUGGGAGUGCUGUUCUUAUACAGCUUCCUGUCAUACAGCAGAACAUCACACCAGCAGAACAUCACAGCAGAGAACAGAUUGUCUGCUGAUGUCGUUGCUGUUGGUAAUGAGUUCCACCUGGUGGCUCCUGAGCAUCUGCAGUAUGAGCAGCCAAGUAUCGUACAGGGUCGUAUCGACGUGGUGGCGGUGACGCCCUGGCUGGCUCCUAUUGUGUGGGAGGGAACCUUUAACCCGGUUCUACUCGACAGCAUCUACAAACCAAAGAACAUUACCAUCAUAGCCACCGUGUUUGCUGUAGGAAAGUACAUCAUGUUCCUGAAGAGGUUCUUGGAGACAGCCGAGCAGCACUUCUUCGUUGGUUUCAAAGUGCACAUUUAUGUGUUCACAGACCGGCCCAAUGAGGUACCCCCAGUCACAAUGGCCUCUGGCAGACGGCUGAUUGUGCGGUUGGUGCCCACCGCCAAGCGUUGGCAGGAGAUCUCGGCUCGGAGAAUGGAGCUCAUCCAGAUGGUGAUCGAAGAGCAGCUUCCUAACAACAGAAACUACAUCUUUUGCCUGGACGUGGACUCCCAGUUCCACGGCCGCUGGGGGAGCGAGUCGCUGGGUGGACUCGUGGCUGUGACGCAUCCAGGUUAUUACAGGGACCCACGCAGCAAGUUCCCCUACGAGCGAAGACCAUCAUCGAGAGCCUACCUGGCUCCUGGGGAGGGAGACUUCUACUACUGCGGGGGUGCCUUUGGGGGUCUGCUACAGGAGGUGCAUCACCUCGCCAAAACCUGCCGCCACAACUUUGAGGCUGACGCCCAGGAGGGCAUUGAAGCUGCCUGGCAGGAGGAGAGUCACCUCAACAGGUACAUGUGGAUCAACAAGCCCAGUAAGGUGCUCUCACCCGAGUACCUUUGGCAGGACUUCAAACCCCGAAAUCCAGAAGUUCACAUUGUCAGGUUCUCCGGAGUUGUCAAGAACUAUGCUGACAUCCGACCCAAUGCCUGAGAGUCGGAACCGAUUCAUGUAGAAGAUACUUUUUUAAAGUUAAUCACACUUGUUGCACAGCCACAGACUCUUACCCACUUCUUCACCUGACUGUCAGUGAUGGAGUCCUUACCUGAACUAUUACCACACGCCACAGAAGUACAAUAAACUAAAAGAGGCAUUUACCUGCUAUUGUGGUUGUAACCCUCCUCACAGUAGAAGAGAUCAUCAUGCUACAAUUCUAUUAGUUAUUUGAGACCUUCAAAUUUUAAAUUGACUGCAGGAAACUAAUAAAACAUCAUACAAAACCAACAGCGAUGUAGGUGAGAUCAGUUUUAAUCCAAAUCAUUUAUCCCCCAUUGCGUAUUAGGCUUAUUAGCAAAAUGUACAAUUUCUGAGCAGUAGACGAGAACAGCUUAAAUAGGUCAAUUGAACCAGUAUUACCAGGGCUUCCAUCCAAAUUCUACACAAAAUUCUACUUGAUGCAUAACAGAUUCAGUACUUGGCCCCCUUUGCUGUUCUCACCUGCUGAUGCCGAACAGCAGCUUCUGAACGCGUUCCUGAGGAAUUCGCCCAUUCCUACUGGCCAACGGCCUCCUGUUCAAGAACAUACGUGCGUUUUGUAACCGCCUCCUUCACCAGAGAUUUUCGAUGGAGUUCAAGUCAGGCAACUGUGACGGCCACUCUAGAAGCUUCCGUCUCUUCUUCUGGAACCAGGCUUUGGUGGAGCUACGCUCGGGAUCAUUGUCCUUUUGGAACGGCCAAUUUUUCCAUAUUCUUUUCAUGCUAUCAAACGUCCCUCUCAACAAACCUCUAGCCAGUCAAGCAAUGUAUGUGUUCAAUCUCAACUAAUAGAGGCCGUGAGUAGUUGCACCAAGUGUGCUUGAGAUAGGUGGUUGAAUCAUGCGGUGCUCUAGUUCUGAAGAUGCCAACAAGUGUGCUUGUUGGCAAGGGGUUGAAUUAUUUUGAAACUGCAGUAGUCAUUAAAUAGUGUCAUUUUGGGUUAAACUUGGAUUCGCCAAUAAACCUAAUGAGUAAUGCAGGUUGAAUAUUUUGGAUUGCAACUGUUCUUAUAUUACAAGGUUACUGAGGAAACAAGGCAUUCAAACCUCACAUGUUACCGUCACACGGACAUGGUUCUGGCCCCUUCUGGCUCCUGGUGCUUACAAGCCACUAGAUGGUGACACACAACAACGAGAAGGAUCCUUGGUCUCUGGAGACGGGAUCCUGUUUUCUGCCUGAAUGACAUUGAGCUACAGUCUGAUGUGAAUACUGAUUAAUAAAAAGUAAACCGCCAA